GUCACUCUUUUGUAAAACGUCUUCAGCGUGAUUUAAAUUCAUCUUUCGAUCCAAGGGCACGUAAAGAUUUUAAACUUCGAGGUACAGCUUCUGUCUCUUUACACGGCGUAGGAGGCAGAACUGUGAGUAAACUACGCCAAUUUGAUUUAAACAUUUUGAGUCGAUUACGUCCAGUUAUUGUUAUUCUGGAAAUAGGAACUAACGAUCUCAGCCAUCAAAGGCCUGAGGUUGUUGGAUCCUUGAUCGAUAAUUUAGUUUGCCAUAUUCUAGGCGAAUUUUCGAGCGUCCGAGCUAUAGGUGUUUGCCAUGUGAUUCCCCGCAGUUAUUUGUAUCUGGCGGCCGAACAAUUUUUUCAAAGG